AUGGUUUAUUAUGUAUUAGUCGAUGGUGAAGAAAUUCGCCGUCGUACAUCUGUGGCAAUUAUUGGUGAAGGUGCUUCUGGAGCAUCAUCAGCUUUGGCGCUAAUUGAACGUGAUCCAAGUCUUAAUAUUACAGUCUUUUAUAAUGUACCAUUUGAACAGACUGUUACUUUUGGCCCUGCUGGCUUGUUUCGAGUUGACACACUUGAAAACAGAGCUUACGGUAAACGAUCAUUUCCUCGUUAUGCUAAAUUAUUUCGAGAAUAUGGUGGGGAAAUAUCCGGUGUUAAUUUAUUAUCCGGACAUAUUUUAUCAACAAAUUUGACAGAACUUGUUGAACAAGAUGAAAUUUAUGGUGAUGUUGUUUACAAUUUUCGUUAUCUUCGAGAACAUGAAAUGCAACAGUUUGCUGAUCAAGAUGAAAAUGGUCGUAUAUUUGCGAUACAUUUUACAACAUAUACCACAGAAGGAGGUAAAUAUGUACCAUGGAUGAAAAAACAAUUACUAGCAAAAGGUGUACGUUUUAUACAACGUCAUAUUAAUACAGUUAGAGAUCUCUUCGAUGAAUUUGAUGUUAUCGUAAAUUGUGCAGGAUUAAAUGGUGGUAAAGUAGCAGGUGAUGGUGAUGACAAGAAUAUGUUUCCGAUACGAGGCAUUAUAUUUGAAGUUAAUGCAACAUGGCAUAAACAUUUUCUAUAUAAAGGAUUUGAAACAUUUUCUAUACCAACUACGGAUAAAGUCUUUAUUGGAUCUGUGAAACAGGCUGGUAGGUAUGAUCUUGAAAUUACACCCGCUGAUCGGACUGAUAUCCUUAAUCGUUACUAUCGAUUGCAGCCAGCAAUGAAAGGUGCAACUAUUUUAAAUGAAUGGUCUGGUUUGAGACCGGGUCGAAAAGGUGGCAUUCGAUUGGAAAUGACAACGAUUCGAUACCAAGAUCCAAAACUCGAGAAAAAUUCCAUCGAGAAAAUAGUUAAGAUUGUACACAAUUAUGGUCAUGGCGGACAUGGUUUAACUUUAGGAUGGGGUUGUGCUGAAACAGUUGCUGAUCUUAUCAUAGGCGAUAGUAGCCAUAGCAGCAGCAGCAGUAUUAGUCAUGAAUAG